AUGGCGACCUCGGAACUUAUUCUAAAAUACACUAAAGAGUUCGACGACGCAUUCCCGCCCACAUUCGAGUUCGGAAGUCCAUGGUCUGCCUCCAUUUCCUACCAAACCCUUUCGAUACCGGGCGUCCACAGGAAGAUCCGUAGCCCGCUAUACAUGGCCGGUUUCUACAUCUCGACGCGGUAUUUCAUUAACCUUCUCAAGGACAGGCUCGACUGGCACGACCCUAUCAUGUUUUCCACUCCCAUCGGUGCCGAGUGGGAAAGGCGUGGUGAACCAAAACCGUUCGUCUUCCCGAAAGUGAUGACGCGCUCGUUCUCCGAGUUCAUCGUCUUUUUCGUCACGUCUGAAUGUCCCACCGAGAGGAUCCAGGAAUUCGUAGACAACCGGGAGGCCAUUAUGUCGCUCAUUUUCGAUAUUGUCAAGUUUACUCCGGAAGAGGCUGACUUCAUUCGGAAGAAUUUGAAGUGGCAGCGAUACUCGUUCGAAGAUAGGGCACUCCCAGAUGAUAGAUGUCUUACUUAUCGUUCCCUCGUCAAGAACUCGAGUGAUACUUAA